UCCUGCCUGGUAACUUAAACGUUAUCCAUCAGCACAAUGAUAACCCGUUAGUCUAACCCACUACCCAUCUCUGUGUUCGUCUGCAUCUUGUGGGCCUACUAAUUUACUUUUUUUUGGUAAUAUCACACGUUGUAAUACGCCUCCCCGCCACCUCCCCUGCUUGCUUUUAUUUUUGCAGAUGUUGCCACUGAGCACCAUAUGAGGACAGUUACCUUUGCGGCUGUCUGAUGCGGGCAACGUCAUAGCGGCUAAGGACACUGGAUGCAUAGAAUUCUGCCGAUCUUAGCACCUUUGGCUUUUACCAGAAGUACCAUUCCUCCAGGUCGGAACCCUAUCCCCUCCUUUUUUGUGUCAAUCGCCAUCCUACGACAACCUGAGCGAGGAACGAAGACGGGGAGGGGGAGGCGAGGACACACCCGCAUUCUGUACCUCUCCAACGCCGGUGCGCGUGAGUGGUGAUGCUGCAGACAACAUGAUGAUCGUAUUAUUAACGGUCCCGAAUAGGAAAUAGAUUCGUUUCUUCUUCUCAGGAUCUAAAUCACCGGAGGGAUUAGCACCGGAGGGAUUGUUGGCCACUGGCUAUUUAUUCCCUAAUACCAAGUGACCAAUGGGAACAGCAACUAACACCCCGUUUUCAACAAGGUGAAUGCUGACAGAUCCAUCCAUGAGGUGAGCCAACCGGUCUUUACGGCAUUGAACCCCCCUCCCUCUCCUCCACCCCCCUCCCUACAGUUUCCAGGCUGCAGGGCCCAGCCCCACUGAAAAGUGCAGGCGCCUGCUCCCCCCGCAGAAUGACUGUAGCCACUGGUGACCCCUCUGAUGAGGCGGCAGCACACCCGGGGAACCCGGCUGAGUACGACCCUGACGCUGACCAUGAGUGCUGCGAGAGAGUGGUCAUCAACAUCUCUGGGCUGCGUUUUGAGACACAGCUUAAAACCCUCUCCCAAUUCCCCGAUACUCUGCUGGGGGACCCCAAAAAGAGGAUGCGCUACUUCGACCCACUGAGAAACGAGUACUUCUUCGACCGCAGCCGAACCAGCUUUGAUGCCAUUCUCUAUUUUUACCAGUCAGGAGGGAGGCUACGGCGGCCGGCCAAUGUGACCCUUGAUAUUUUCUCAGAGGAGAUACGUUUCUAUGAAUUGGGGGAUGAAGCCAUUGAGCUGUUCAGAGAGGAUGAGGGUUUCGUCAAGGAGGAAGAGAGGCCCCUUCCUGACAAUGAGUUUCAGAGACAAGUGUGGCUGCUGUUUGAGUACCCAGAGAGCUCAGGACCCGCUAGGAUUAUCGCUAUCAUCUCCGUCAUGGUCAUCCUCAUCUCUAUCGUAAGCUUCUGUCUGGAAACCCUGCCCAUCUUCCGCAACGACGACGACGAACCGCACAGUGUCUUUGACACCAACACCAACACCACAAUCUACUUCACGUCCACCUACUUCACUGACCCAUUCUUCAUCCUGGAGACGCUCUGCAUCAUCUGGUUCUCCUUUGAGUUCCUGGUGCGCCUCUUUGCCUGCCCAAGCAAAUCAGGCUUCUUUGGUAACGUCAUGAACAUCAUUGACGUUGUUGCCAUUAUCCCCUACUUCAUCACACUGGCCACAGAGCUGGCUGAGAAACCAGAGGAUGGCCAGGCCGGUCAGCAAGCCAUGUCCCUGGCUAUUCUCAGGGUCAUCCGUCUAGUGCGAGUCUUCCGAAUCUUCAAGCUGUCACGACACUCCAAGGGACUUCAGAUCCUGGGCCAGACCCUGAAGGCUAGUAUGAGGGAGCUGGGUCUGCUGAUCUUCUUCCUCUUUAUUGGAGUCAUACUGUUCUCCAGUGCUGUCUACUUUGCGGAAGCUGAUGAGCCCGAGUCACAGUUUGAAAGCAUCCCUGACGCCUUCUGGUGGGCUGUUGUCUCCAUGACGACAGUAGGUUAUGGCGACAUGGUCCCGACCACUAUUGGUGGCAAGAUUGUGGGCUCCCUCUGCGCCAUUGCAGGUGUGCUGACAAUUGCCUUGCCCGUGCCUGUCAUCGUUUCCAACUUCAACUACUUCUACCACCGUGAGACGGAGGGCGAGGAGCAGGCUCAGUGCCUAGGCCCAGUCGCCAAAGAGGACUCGAAUGAAGAGCUGAAGAAGAGCCGGAGCGGCUCCACCAUCAGUAAAUCAGACUACAUGGAGAUCCAGGAAGGGGUGAACAACAGUAUUGAGGACCUCCCAGAAGAGAACCUCAAGACUCAGGCCAACUGCACUACGCUGGCCAACACAAACUAUGUCAACAUCACCAAAAUGCUCACAGAUGUGUAGCCAGCUGGCAUUGUCCUCUCAGUGAGGUUGAGAGGUCAAAGGAUGGGGCAGGUGUGUAGCCUCCCAUUUCACAUGUGCUGCUGGAAUCUCAAGGCAAUAGAUUCAGGACGUAUAACUGUACUCAUCAUUUCUUUAUGAUGAAAAACACCAUAAACUAUGUGCUCACUCCUCCCCUAACUCCCACUGCUAACUCCCACUGUUAGCGCCUCACACCUUGCCCUCAUACUGACCUUCUGUCAGACUUUAAAUCUUAUAAUCACAAUUCUGCGUGUUGAUGUCUGCAUGGAGUUGGCUUUGUCAGUGUGACUAUUCCAAUAGUAAAAUGACCUGCUCACAACGGUAGUACAAAAAAGAGGAGAAAUGUAGCUAAAAAAGGUGAUUUAUCGCUUCCAGAAUAACCCCACCACCAAUCCUGCUUCAGCCCCCCUGCACCUGCCGCUACCCUGGUCUCCCUCCAUCGUCAAAGGUACACUUUGCUUCCUGUUUGCGUGCUACAAAAUGCUGCUUCCUGGAGCAAACUAAACAAACCCGUCCUGUGGUGAACUACUUGGAGAUUACAGAACGUGUGAACAUAAGGCGGACAUGCUCCGUUGCUGCCCACUGGGCACAGACAUCAGUUCAAAGUCUAUUUUUGAUUUACAUUUGGUUGAGUUGUCAGCUAACGUGAAUUCAAAAUGAAAUCAACAAAACAUGUCACCAUGUCAUUGGAUUUAGGUUCAAAUUUGGGUGAAAAAAAUACGAAAUUCCAUUACAUUGAAGACGUCAUUACAUUGAAUAUUUGGGUUGAAGUGAUGUGGAAACAACGUUGAUUCAACCCGUUUUUGCCUGGUGGCUGAGGCCUGUCAUGGCCUGAGCCUGAGACACACGAGGAGUGUGGUACUGUAGUAAUCAUUCACAAUAUAUACGGGAUGUAGGACAUCCAUCAGCUCCAUAAGCUUUAUAAUGGUUUCACAUCUUUUCUUCAGGAACAUCAGUAUCUGAUGAAUGACAAAAGGCCUUGACUUUUCACUGCUCUAGUCUUACAUCGUUUAUGUGUUUACUGUACAUGGCAACGCAAGCCUCCCUCCUCCACUCACCUGAACCUGUCUUACUGCAGCUCUGAGGACAAAGUGAAUGUCUCUUCCUCUUUCAUUUUUACUUAUUUACCACUUAACUCAUAUAGAUAGGUAAAUAGUUGUGACUGUAACCUGUUACUGUAGCUAGAUAGGUACUGUAGGUAGUAACUGUAGCCAGUUGAUUGUUGCAUGGAGUUCUUAUCUGAAUGAGUAUUCUCACUCACACAACUAGCAUUGCUCCAAAGACACUGUUUAUUGUCUUGCCCUCUAUAACCUUCUAUCAUACAUAUGAAGGGAUGUCGAGAGGUUAUUAUCUAACAUACGUAGGUUACAAUGGUGUCUGAAAGGAUACCAUGCCCCAAACCAGCCCUAUAGCUUGGAGGAUAUUGUAUUCCUUACAUUUGACCUAAAUGUAACAUUCCAUGUAGAGUUCAUUGUCAUAGUCUUGUUGCCACACCGCUGAGCUGAAAACAUAGAGGUGUUUACAUACCACCGACAUUGCAGCUGUGCUGUAAUUUGAGGUAAAAUGCAUUAGUUAAUUAAUUACAGCACCCAUACAGUGUAGUUGCAGCAUUAAUCUCAGUUACAGACAGACUCGACUCACGGCUGCCUUGUUCAACUGGGUCCAUUGUGUCUUCAUGAUGAACCAUUGGGACGACUAAAGGGACAUGUAUAAAACGAUGUUUCCUCCCUAAACUGCCUUUAAAACAAGUAGGCUUACUGAAUGCUGCUUUCCUAGUGUUGCAUGACCUCAAUACAUUCCUAGAAGCAUGAAUUGAAGAUCAAAGAUGCCUAAGAAAACUAUUUAAUACGAUACCUAUAUUUAUCUCAUUAUCUACUUACAUACUUUAAUCUGUGAUAACAAAGCAAUCUGGGACGUAUAAGAAGGGGAAUUUACAUUCAGCUGACGAUUUAGAGAUGAGGAUGACCAUGAUGGAGAUGAUAGCGUUAAUCCGAUAAUCCUUGAUGAUAUGCAGAUCGUUGCUAUGUUUGUUUUAUGAUAUGAACAAUGACACUUGUUUAUUUUCAGCACUGAUGGUGUAGCCCCGUUUCAGGGACUGUCUGUUGGACAGAGUGCCAAAGACAUGCAUGCCUAAUACACUAGCGAGUUCACAGGAGAAGUGGAGGUACAGUAAUAUAUCUAUGGUAGUUGCAUCCCUCAAUAAGAAAAUAUGAGCAUUAUCUAAAUAUUAUCAUACUCGAAGGAGAGAUGGUUUAUAUUGCCAACGGCUGAAGUAUGUAGCCGUGUAGCAACUCUGAACUACAGAGUUCUAGGUCUCUCACGACAUUUCUGAGUCUCCUGUCUUUCUACAUCUUUUCAUAGUGAACUUCAGGACACAGGAGAGUACUAGCAAAGCUGAGGAUGUUUAGCCAGCACUAACAAAUGGUGAAAUGGAUUGCAUCUAAUUGACCUUUUGGUCAAUAUUGGUUAGCAUAGCCACAAGGAUGUUAGCUUUUACUCUAAUGUGUCUGGUCUGUCUUCUCAUUUACGUUUUAUGCCUAAAUGUCUGCCACCAUUGCCGCAAUGUUUAUUCACGCUAGAUGGACAGAGGUGAGGUUCUUAGCUCCCGGUCCCUUCCUCUGUCCUCACCAUGUUCCUUUCCUCUUUUGUGUCUUCAAUUGGCAGUACUUUGUGCAACUGCAAUCGCUACUUAUUUUGGAGAGAUGAAAUGUGUUGGAAAGGAACUUGAAUUGAAAAAUAAUCUGGGUCUGGAACCCUGCUUAUUGAUGCUUCCAUUACUCUAACAUGAUGUUAUUAUGUUCACCCUUAUUCUAGCAGUAACACUUCUCAUCUAAUACCAAUGCACCACGCUGUCCAAAACACACAUCAUAUACAUCAACAGUGCAUGAUGUGGAUAGGUACACCAUUAUGUGGUGUGUAAGUGUGUGUGUGUGUGUGUGUGUGUGUGCGUGCGUGCGUGCGUGCGUGUGUGUGUGUGUGCGUGCGUGCGUGCGUGCGUCUGUGUGUGUGUAAGUGUGUGCAUGUAGAGCCCACCUCUGAAUGUCAGAAUCUUAGCUUGGUUGUACAGCUGCAUUAAAGUGACAGCCAUUCAUGCAUGUGUGCAUAGUAAGACAAAACUGCUCACAGUAUGACCAAAACAAGUCAUAGUCUAUGCAUGCAAAUGGUUUGUAUUUUUUUAAAUAAUUUUUCUAUUUGCUUUUUUCAAUGGACAGAUCUUCCCAAAACACAUCAUGAGAUAGCAUGCUUAUUUUGUUUGAAUUGGGCACACUCUGAUUCAACACACACUCAAAUUUAGCAACAUAUCAAAAUAGAAACAUUGUAGUUGAGUAUCAACAGUUUGUUUACUAGAUGCUCUGAGCACAACCAUAUAUGGAGUAUACCCAUUUUUAUCAAUGUGCAGAAUUACUAUGUGAAAAUCAAAAAUGUAUCUUUUGCUUUAUAGUAAUCAUUACGAGACCGUUACAACUGAAAGUGUACAGAGGGUUUCACCAGCUAAAGCACAGUCAGAAGGAUUCCCAACAGAAAAUGCUCUCAAAAGUCUAUGCAGAGAUGAACUGUUGAUUGGAAAUAUAAACACAAGGUUCAAACAAACCAUGAAUAUGGGAAAACACAGAAAUACAGAAAAGUAGAGCAGUUUCAGAAUUGUGUUUUUGUUUCUCUGCAGAUUCUGGGUUGGUUUGAAUUUGAGUAUUGUAAGCGAUGAUGAGUGCCCCUCCACUUUUACAGCGAAGCACAGGCCCCAAUUAAUUCAAUCAAUACAAAUAAAGGAAAACUGCACUGUGUGUUAUAAAACAAAUGCUGAAUUGGAGGUCAUAAGUAACUGGGCUGAAAGUGAAUCCAUCCCACAAGCUGUUCGUCUCGCCAACAUUGUCAUUGAAUAUUAGUGUAAAACCACACCUGACCUGUCCUGAAAAUACAGCAUAAACACUCUGAGUGUAAAACCACACCUGACCUGUCCUGAAAAUACAGCAUAAACACUCUGAGUGAAAAAGCAGUUUGAUUUUCCUUUUUUUGAUUUGAAUUGAUUUAAUUUGGGGCACAGUGAAAGCUUUGUACUGCACUGUAUGGUUUACAUCACCAACAGAGUAAACGUUCAAGUAGCUACACAUGUAGUAGCUAUUCAAUCGACUGUUUAUGCAUGUGUAUGUCAGAACAAGAGAGUGUGUUUCUGUGGUCUGAAAGUGAAUGACACCGUAGAAACACAGCUACAGUAUGUCUGAUACAGUAUAGCGCCUUCACCUUCAACACUGGCCUACCCCGACUGCAACUAUCAACUUUGGUACAAUGGACCAGAUUUUUUUUC